AUGGCCUCAGGAGUGAUCAUCGAUCCUUAUCCCCUCCUUCGGGCAGCUCCCCUGGCAACAAGCACCGGAAGUCUCGUUCUUGCUACCAGCGAACUCAUAUACUACUCAGGGCUGGUGCAGCCGCCGACUCGUAAGAAGGCUGACUCGAUUCUCGCUGCGUACUGGCGUUAUGUAUUCCCUAGGGGAGUGAGCCUCGUGCUGGCCCUCAAUCUCACGACAAUUGGCACCUCAUUAUGCAAUAUCUUUCUGAAGAAUCCGUGCCUCCGACCGCUGCCUGUGUCCCGCACAACGUUUUACUGGGCUGGCCUCAUUGGAGCUAUUGGGCAUCUGGCGUUUGUGCCGUUCGUCGCGCCACCGAUUCAACGUAUCCUGGACAAUACCGAUCCCGAAGCCGAAACGAGUAAGGAGAUGGAUAUCUGGCUGGGAAUACAUCGAAUUCGCAUGUUGGUGGCGGACAUACCUGCCUGGUUGGCGUUCGUGGGUGCUGCGAUGUUGACGGAUCUGUGA